AUGUUGCCAUUCAUUAUAAUAGCAUGCGAGCUCCUAACUUUGGCUGCUUCACUUAGCGUGCCGUCAGCUCCAAUUCAUCAAUCGCGUCACCUUGGUUCCAACAUUCUUCCGAAUCGAGUAAUCGCUCAAUUUCCUCCCGGCACCUGGGUCGAAAAUAUUGCAGUCCGUUCAAAUGGCAACCUUCUCUUCACAACGAUUCUACCAAAUGCCAGUCUAUAUGAGGCCUCAGCUCUAGACUGUCAGACACCAACAAUUACUCGCCUGUUUACUGUUGACACAAUCACAAGCUUCGCUGGGAUAACAGAAACAUCCAAAGACGUUUUUGCUAUUAUCGGUGGAAACUUUAGCUUGACAACAGGAGUUAUUAAAGGGACCUUUGGUCUUUGGAAAGCCGACUUCACUCAUGGCCAGCCUCCUUCUGCUGAAUUAAUUGCUUCCCUGCCGGAUGCGGCUCUUCCCAACGGCGCGACCACAGUGCCUCAAAACAAUCACCUGGUGCUUUUGGCAGAUUCAUUAUUGAACGUGGUUUGGCGCGUUGAUGUUAAGAAAGGCACAGUGGACAAGGCAGCUCAGUUUUCACCGGAAAGUGAUACUUCUGGUGUUUCUGGAAUUAUCGGCAUCAACGGGGUUCAUGUCCACGACGGUUACCUGUGGUUCACAAAUUCCACCGCAACAAUCAACGCCGUAACUGGUGAUCCCGAAACUUCCAUGUAUCGAAUCAAGGUUGACGAGGAUGGAGUCGCCGCUCACGAUGCGUCUGCUGAGAAGGCUCUUACUCUGCCAUCGGAGGGAAUGGAUGACUUUACGUUUGGCCCAGGUGGAAGGAAUAUUAAAUGGAUAGCGGGGAAUGUUGAGAAUAAAAUAUUUGCUGCUACACCCGAUGGCAAAUACGCCGUGGUUGCUGGCGCGUCUAACUCAUUUGAAGUGGCGACGGCGACGGCCUGUAAGUUUGGGAGAACAAGAAGAGAUUCACAUGUUCUUUAUGUGACGACUGCUGGUGGCACGAUUAACGGCACGACCGAGGGGGGCAAGGUACAGGCAAUCGAUACUACUGGAUUUCGGGUUUGA